AUGUUGUUAAAAUUUAGGUAUCUUUAUUAUGGAAUAGUAGACUUUAAACGUCAAAAAAAAGAAAUAAUCCUUGAACUUUUAGUUGCCGCUGAUGAACUUGGAAUUCAAAGACUUAUUGAUUCUGUUCAAGAAUUCUUGGCUCAAAAUUGUCUCAAAUUUUUACAAUCAGAUCUCAUUAAAAUGCUUCACUUUAUUACUUGUCAUAACUCAUUCGAUAAUCUUAAAAAAGCUUCUUUAAUUACCUUAACUAAACAUUACAAAGAAUUUUUACGUCAAGAUCCCGUUAAAUUACUUCAUUUUAUUAUUCAUUUUAAAACAUUAGAAAAAACUUUACAAGGAUUAAUUCAACUGGUUAGAUUUCAUCAGAUAAAUCGUGAAGAGUUCAUGCUUGAAGUAUGGCCAUUUAAGAACCUCCUUCCUGAUGAUUUAAUCGAGGAUAUAUUACGUUGUUAUUUAGUUUCAGGUGCUGUACCACACUAUCAACCAUUUAAAGUCAGAUUGGGCAACUCAGAAGUCGACUCGGUUUUAAUUAAUAAAAGGAUUGCUUUAUUAUUUACAACUUGGAUAGAUAAAAAAAUCUCUGAUGAUAAAACUUCAAAGAAAAUUCGUUAUAAUUUUAAUCUUCUUUUUCGAAGUAGUAGAGAUGGUCUUUCAUCCUUUACAUUUCAUCAAAAAUGUGAUAACAAAGGUGCAACAAUCGUUGUGGGAAACAUUUUAAAUACGAAAAUAUUAGUUGGUGGUUAUAAUCCACUUGAUUGGAAUAAUUCUAAUAAUUCAAGUAAUUCAUUUGGUUGGCAUUAUAAAAAUGCACCAGAUAGCUUUUUAUUUGUAAUUAAUGAUCCUAAUAAUCUUAAAAAUUCAACAUUAGGACGUGUUAAUAUAAGUAAUCGUGCAAUUUUUUGCAAUAAUAAUUGUGGUCCAACCUUCGGUGGUGGUCACGAUUUAUACGUUCCAGAUAGUAGUAAUAAUUGGAGUUAUUCUGCAAAUUCUUAUCCUAACAUUGGAAUUCCAAAUUCAUUUACAAUUUCAGAUUAUGAAGUAUUUCAA